GUUAGUAUGUCAUCUCUCAUCAAAACAGAGCAUUCCUUACGUGAACGUUCGGACAUCGGGCGUGAGUGCUUAUUCGGCCGAAGGGGCAGACAUACAAUGCUGAAGAAAGAGGUUGAGGAGGAUGAGUUUAUGCAUUCUUUCGGGAAACAUUAUGGAUAUGGAAAUAAAAUUGAACAAAUAAGAAAACAGGAAUUUAAACGACUGGAAGGUAUUACAUACUUGGAUCAUGCUGGAACAACACAGUAUCCACAGAGUGUUAUUGCAAAUGCUUAUAGUGACUUAAGUUAUAAUGUGUAUGGAAAUCCCCACAGCAAGAACCCAAGCAGUCAGCUUUCUAGUGAUGUCAUUCAGCAAGUCCGCACAAGGAUUUUAAAGCAUUUCAAUACAUCUUCAGAACAACAUACUGUGAUUUUCACUUCUGGUGCUACUGCUGCAUUGAAACUUUUGGCCGAAAGCUUUGAUUGGAGGGGAGCCAUCAGUAAAGAAAGUGCUCAUCAAAGUAAAUUUUGUUACCUUCAAGAGAAUCAUACGUCAGUGGUUGGUAUGAGAGAAAUAGCUGCUUCAAAAGGGGCUCAAAUUAUUUCUGUUAAUGAAAAAGACUUGGAAGAACAAAUCUCCUAUUCAACAGAAGAGAGAGAGGAAGAUUCUGAUCUAAAACAAUUUAAUUCCAGGAGCAAUGGUGACCAAGAGACUGUUGACCUUUGCCAUAAUUUAUUUGCUUUUCCUGCAAUGUGUAAUUUCUCAGGGAAGAAGUAUCCUCUUAAAUGGAUUUCACAAGUUAAACAGGGAUUGUUAGUCAACAAGAGUCCUUGGUGCCAUUGGUUUGUUGUUUUGGAUGCAUCUUCAUUUGUGAGCACCUCUCCAUUGGACUUAGCAUCAUGUCCAGCAGAUUAUAUUCCCAUUUCUUUCUACAAGAUGUUUGGUUUUCCCACAGGGUUAGGUGCUCUUAUUGUAAAGAACAGUAGUUCACAUUUACUAAAAAAGUGUUAUUAUGGUGGAGGAACAGUGCAAGCAACAAUUUCUGAUGAAAGGUUUCAUAUCCUUAAGAACAAUCUUGCUGAAAAGUUUGAAGAUGGCACAGUUCCCUUUCUUCAGAUCAUUGCUUUGCAUCAUUCCUUUCAACUGUAUGAACAGCUGGUAGGAUCACUGACAGAUGUGUUGAAUCACACCCAUAGCAUUGCUUUGUAUGUUUAUGAAAAGAUGUCUGCAAUGACACACACUUCUGGAAACUCUUUGUGUAAAAUUUACUGUGAAACAGACUUUAAGGACAACACAAAGCAGGGCCCUGUAAUAAACUUUAACCUGCUAAGAGCAAAUGGAGAGUUUGUUGGCUACAGUGAGGUAGGAAAGAUGGCCAGUCUUUACAAUGUUCAUCUAAGAACAGGCUGUUUUUGUAACAUGGGGGCAUGUCAGAAGUAUCUGAGCCUUUCCAGUGAGCAAGUGAAGAAAAAUAUGUCUGAAGGUCAUGUGUGUGGGGAUGAUGUGGAUCUCAUUGGUGGCAAACCUACUGGCUCUGUGAGAAUCUCAUUUGGUUACAUGUCUAACUUUUCAGAUGCAAAAUCGUUUUUAACAUUCAUAAGGGAAUGCUUCCUGGAAAGCAAUUCAAACAGGUCUUUAGAUGCAGAGAGAUCUGAAAGUGCUGAGUUACAUUCCAGUUCCAUUUUGGACAAGCAGUCUGAAGACUUUGCUUUAAAUGCAAAGUUUAAAAACAUUAUGGAGUGGAAUUCAAGUGUGGAGUCAACUGCAAGUCCAAGAAAUCCUAUAAUUGAUAUGUAUGUCAGAACUAUGAUGCCUAAUCAUUGUGACAUGCAUGCACAUGCACCUCAAGAAUGUGUUGCUAAUCCAAAUAAGCAUCUGAAGUUGGAAAAGAUCUGCCUUUACCCUGUCAAGUCUUGUGCUGCAUUUGAGGUAUACGAGUGGGAAGUUGGUAACAGAGGAUUUGUUUUUGAUCGUCAAUGGAUGAUUGUCACUGACUCCAAGAUUUGUCUGACACAGAAGAGAGAAGCGAAGUUGUGUCUGAUAAAACCUGUAUUGGAUCUUAAAAAUGGAACACUAUCAGUCACUGCGACAGGAAUGCCUGACCUAGUGUUGCCUCUGCCCCUGACAUCUGAGAAUUAUAAACAGGUCGCGAGAUUUUGUCAAAGCAAAGUCUGUGGGGACAGGAUCUCAGCAAUAGAUUGUGGGGAGCACGCUGCCUCGUGGGUGUCAACAUUUUUGAACAGAAACUGUCGACUCAUUCAACAAGACAUGGAUGAUAGCCGGACUUGUAAACUGGGAGAAGUAAAACAACGAGGUGACAAGGGAAGCAAGUCUCUUUCUCUUGCUAAUGAAUCGCAGUUCCUCCUGGUAACCCGGGAAAGUGUCAGUGAACUUCUGAACAGUGUUAAUCAAGAACAACCUUUAACUUCAUCUUCUUUAGUUACUGAGCUCCAUGUGGAAACACUGGCCAAAAGGUUCAGAGCUAAUUUAAUUGUUGCUGGUGGAGAGGCGUUCGAAGAAGACUAUUGGAAAACUGUGAAAAUUGGACAUUUGGUUUUUGAGAGCAAAGGAAAGUGUAGUCGGUGCCAAAUGGUGUGUGUUGACCAAGAAACUGGAGUCAGGAGUGUUCAACCGAUGAAAACUCUUGGGAAAAUGCGAGGAUCAAAGAUGCCUUUUGGAGUUCACUUGGAACAUGUGACUAAAGAACAUCGAAAUCCAGUCAUCCUUCACUGCGGAGAUUUGGUUACUGUUAGCCUUUAGCUCUUGUUAGCAACAACCGAUUGACACUUAGAAUAGAUCAAGCGUUGGUGAGAUGAUAAGAAGUCGUCGAUUCGCUUUUUUAAUUAAAUUUUCGGGAUUAUUAUUCGCCGAGAAUGCUAUUGUUUUUUGGACAUGUACUUCCAGAGUCGAAUUGCAGUAACGCCCACGCCCAGCGCAGUAAUUUGCAUUUCUAAAAGUGGUCUGCCGCGAUUGGUUUGAGUUAGCUUAGGGACUUUCCGAGAAGAGUAACAGCAUAACAUUUUCUCGGCGGAAACAACGGCCGGCUAAUGAAACAUUCCAAUGUACCAGCUGGUAAACAAAUCGUAUACGGUUAAAGAAAUUCAACAAGAACAAAAGCAACAAUGACA